AUGCGGAAAAGAAAGUCUCUGAAGAAAGGUGAAGAUUCUGAAGGAUCAGAAGGUGGCGGCGAGCCAGAAGAAUUUCAAGAUUCGGGUUCUCCCGAUUGGACGCCGGAUGCGGAUUCCAAUGAACAACCAGCCAGGGCUGUUCGUAAAAGAGGAGCUGGCAGACCACCGGUAAAUAAUAAAAAGAAGCGUAAGAAUUCAACAUCAGAAGAAAGUGAAGGUGAUGAUGAUGAAGAAGCAGAGGACGAAGAACUUGAUGAAGAGGAUGGGUCAGAUGAUGAGAAAAAUGGUUCUGAUGGAAACAAAUCUGAUUCCAGCCAAUCAAAGGAUAUACCAAAACAUUUCCAUUCUGGGAAUUUUGUUUUAUUAAAAUCUGAUGUAAAAUGGGAUGGAGACACAGUGAUAUCUACUCUGGAUCAACUUAAUUUAUGGAAGAUUGAUGGGAAGGCAUUGUUACAAAAAUUUAUACCUAUGGAGUCAAAUGGAAAAAUUCUUCAUAAAUGCACUUGUGUUUAUUCGGGGUGGAAUGUUGAUAACCGUGAUAAUUACUACCCUAUAACUGAAAUUUUAGACCGCAAUCCACAAACUGAUUCAAAAGAAAUAUGUGUAGCAUUAGAUCUAAACGAUCUUAUUAAAGUAAGAGACAAGUGA